GUUUUUCUCUCUUGUCUGCAGUGUGUGCCGAAGCCAAAGGUCGAAGCUUUCACUCACUCUGAGCGGCAGAUCUCUCUUUCAGGCUUUUUCAACAUGUUCACUGCAAGGAAGAAGAUCCACAAGGAUAAGGAUGCUGAACCUUCUGAGUUUGAGGAGUCUGUUGCACAGGCGUUCUUUGAUCUGGAGAAUACCAACCAAGAGCUGAAAAGUGACUUGAAGGACUUGUACAUCAACUCUGCAGCUCUUGUUGAUGUUGCUGGAAAUCGGAAGGCUGUUGUUAUCCAUGUUCCUUUUAGAUUGAGGAAGGCUUACCGCAAGAUCCAUGUUAGGCUUGUCAGGGAGCUUGAGAAGAAGUUCAGUGGAAAGGAUGUUAUUCUGAUUGCCACCCGUAGGAUUGUGAGGCCUCCCAAAAAAGGCUCUGCUGCUCAACGUCCACGCACUCGCACCCUGACUGCUGUUCAUGAGGCAGUAUUGGAGGAUGUUGUUUUGCCUGCUGAAAUUGUUGGCAAGCGCAUCAGAUAUCGCCUUGAUGGUUCCAAGAUCAUGAAGGUUUUCCUCGACCCGAAAGAGCGCAACAACACUGAGUAUAAGCUGGAGAGCUUUUCUGCAGUUUACCGAAAGCUUUCAGGAAAAGAUGUUGUUUUUGAAUAUCCCAUCACUGAGGCCUAGAAAUAUUGUGUGAUGGCACUUUCUAAAUACUGUUCUGCCAUGUUCUGUCUCUGAAGAACUGCUUUUUGGCAGUCAGACAAUUUAAAUUUUUGAUGUCGAGGGCACGGUCUAGAAUAGUCUUUUCAUGAAUUUUGUUCUCUUCAUUGUUAGAUAUUUAUCUUUUGAGUAUGGUUAUUUUAAUGUAGGCUUUUAAGCUUUGAGAUUGAGAAUUUGAGGUUUUGAUUCUAUG